UCCAAUGUGUCGAACAAAGGGAAACGUAAUUAGUUUUAUUAUUUAUCACGCGGGCAUACAUACACACACGCGCGCGUACAUCAACACGCUUGCACGGUGGGGUGUUUUUGCAAAAAGUGCGUGAACCAAAAAAAAAACGGUGGUUGCAGCCAGUGCCGAAAAACUAGCAAGGGGCAGCCUGAAAAUGGCCAACAACGACGGUAGAAUAUUGAAACGCGAUGAGCGCGGCGUGUUCUAGAAUUGGGGGUGUGUGUUGAAGCGGCGCCAGUAGAUGAUGUGGUUGUGUAGUUGUGUGUAGUGCUCUCGUCACCGGUUCCUCCGUGCUUUUCCACAUCGCAAACCAUCGCGUUGUCGGAGUGUGGUAAAAAAGUGAAUGUGUAUCUCUCGUUCUCGCUUGCGUGCAUGUACGCCCGCAAACCGUACAUGCUUUUUCCAUCCUGCAGAAGAAAUCGCGCGUUGCCGAGUACGAAUUUGAAGCAUAACCGAACGUUCGGCACAGUGGGAAAGCAUCGUACAAACCGUAGUAAAAAAAACGGGCUGACAAAAUACGCAAUGAACGCUAGAUAUUUGAAUUGUUUUGUUAACAUUUGAAUCGCGAGAGCUCAGCUAAAGCCAAUCGGCGCUAUAUGCGACUACAAUUACCUAGCACGCCCAGGUUUAAAAAAUCACCUCUUCUAGUGUAAUUCCCAAAACACUGGUCACCGUUUUCCAUUGUGCUUCCUUCGUGUCAUCGUCGCUGAUGACGUCAUCUUCGCGGUAUCCGAACGCACCGAAACUGCUUGAAGCGCAGCUCGAGGUCUUCCCGGUCGAAUUGGUUCCGUUCAGUACGGGCGUGUGCGUGCCAGCUCAAAGAAGGCGACGAUUCGUUUCGAACGUGAUCACCCGUGCGGUUUCAGCAGCAAAACCAGCCGCCAUUAUACAUCGCAGUGGUUCUAGCUUUUUGUUGAUGAAAUUGUUGGUGAAGCAACAGAGAGGAAACAUCAACAAUCAUCAUCACCAUCAUCAUCGUUUGCAAAAAAAUAAAUAAAUAGAAAAAGUGUUGUUGCUUAACUGGAGCAAAAUGAUAAAGAGUGCAAUGUGUAUAUGUGUGUAUAAAUGUAUGCACCAUCGAGAAAAGGACGGAAAAUAAAUGUCGUGUCGCUCUAGUCACACUGUACCGCAGGUGUAAAACACAGACAACCGAGAGUGCAAGUGCGUUACAAAUCUUACCCCGUGCGUGCAUUGUCGCUCCCCCCCCCCCCUCCGCUUUUGUGUUAUUUGUUGUGAAACGUUUUGUUUCUGCCCCGUGUGCGUGACGUCAACGGAUGCAUAGUGCUGGAUGUUCGCUUGUAAAAGCAUAUGUCAACCUUGCUUUACAGCAGCUGCUGCGAUUGUGUAUACACGUUUAUUUAGGAGCUAGCAGACCGUCUGCAGUGACAAAAUAAAUAAAGGAAAUUAAUUACCGUGUAAUCGUCACCGUGGCUGUGCAGAAGCUGGCUGGCUGAAGGUGGAGUUUUUUUAGUGUAUGUGUGAAAAGUGCGUGUGUUUACGUGUGCAGUGCAUGGUGUUCCAUUACCGGAAAGGGUAGAACUCUUAGUACACGAACCAGAUAAGCAAUCAUCAUCAGCAGCAGCAGCAACACACCAUCACCACAUUGGCUUCGUUUGGUUGAAAAUCGUACGUAAAAACGUGCGGCACGAUGUCAUCCGAUAAGGUGCCGCCGAUAUCGCCAUCGAAAAGUCGCAGACAACUGCGCGAACGUAAACAAAGGAAACUAUACUCGGAUGAUUGGACGUUGGGCGACGAUGAUUACGAAGGUGCGAGAGGGUUCAGUGUGGCGGAAAAGUUGGAAUCACCCCGAUUCGCUCAGUCCGGCAUGGUGCGCGAAAUGAAAGGCGAAAAUCUAACCGUCGGAUUUUUGCAACAGAAUGGCUUCAACAUUCCGCUGCUGUUCAAGGAAAAAACCGGUCUUGGACUGCAGGUGCCGACGGCCAAUUUCUCCAUCACCGACGUCCGGAUGUGCGUCGGUUCACGCCGCGUGCUGGACGUGAUGGACGUCAACACACAGAAGAACGUCGAGAUGACGAUGAAGGAAUGGGAAAAGUACUACGAAGAUCCAGUGAAGAAGAAGCUGCUGAACGUGAUAUCGCUCGAAUUUUCACACACCAAGCUGGAAAACUACGUACAGAGUCCAGCGAUCGUGCGCCAAAUUGACUGGGUCGAUGUGGUGUGGCCGAAACAGCUGAAGGAAUCGCAGGUCGAAUCGACCAAUCUGCUGAACGAUAUGAUGUACCCGAAGGUGCAAAAGUACUGUCUGAUGUCGGUAAAGAACUGCUAUACGGACUUUCACGUCGAUUUCGGUGGUACCUCGGUGUGGUAUCACAUCCUGCGCGGGAGCAAAGUUUUCUGGUUGAUACCACCGACCGAGAAGAAUCUACAGCUGUACGAGAAGUGGGUACUGUCCGGCAAGCAGUCGGACGUGUUUUUCGGUGAUACGGUGGAAAAGUGCGCGCGAGUUUACCUAACGGCCGGUAAUACGUUCUUCAUCCCGACCGGUUGGAUUCACGCCGUGUAUACGCCGACAGAUUCACUCGUAUUCGGGGGAAAUUUUCUGCAUUCGUUCGGCAUCGUGAAACAGCUGAAGAUCACGCAGGUCGAGGAUAAUACGAAGGUGCCGCAGAAGUUUCGGUAUCCAUUUUUCACCGAGAUGUUGUGGUACGUGCUCGCGAAGUACGUGUACACGCUGUUGGGUCAUUCACAUCUCGAGGGUGAACCGGGCAGGGAGCACGAGCUGGACGGUAAACCGCACGUGCACCUGACCCAUUACGAGCUGUUCGGGUUGAAGGACAUCGUGAUGUACUUGUACGAUUUGCCGGCCCAGAAGAAGAACGUGCCGGAGUUGAUAAAGGAUCCGGUCGCGCUAAUUAAGGAUGUGCGUACGUUGGUCGAGCGACACUGUAGAGACGUUCCGGAGCUGGCCGUUACCGGUGUGCCGGUGCUGCAUCCGGAUUUGAACGUGAGCAACAAUUCGUAUAUCCGUGAGCACUAUGAGUAUUACUCGGGAGAUGGCGGUGGAAACCGUACGACCGACAACGAGGGACCGCUAGAUGACCGAGCAGGCACAAACCGUGAACGAGGCGACGAUGAGGAGGAAGAUGACCAUGAGGAAACGGGAGAAGACCGUCGAAGGCAUCACGAGGAGAACAAAAAUGGUGACAACAGGCUGAAUGGUGGUGAAAGUGUAACCGCAGGACAAAGGCAAUCUCAACAUACGCACCAGCAGCAGCAGGAACAGCAAUCGGAACAGAAUCAUUCCCAAACUCGUCACAAUCAUGUGGUACAGCGUAACGAUUUAUCGUGCGAUACGGGUGAAUCGGGAACGGUGGCAAACUCCCGUUCGCCAAUCGGCAGUUCGAAUGGGGGUACCACGAUGGGUCCGCCGGCCAGAUACACUAAUCAUCAUCAGGGCAAUGGUGACGAUCGUAACUUUGUCUCGCCCCAGCCUACGAGUGGCAAUCGGUUACCGUCGAGUGGCGUUAAUGUUGGUGGUGGUCGGGGUCCGUACAAGAAGCACGGUCCCGGAAGUAGUGGGCAUAGUGACCGGCGUGAUGGUGGGGGGAAUGGACCGCGCAGGCGCCGGACACGAUGCAAAAACUGUGAGGCCUGCCAGCGGUCCGAUUGCGGAGAGUGUAGUUUCUGUCUUGAUAUGGUGAAGUUUGGUGGCCCUGGCCGUGCCAAGCAGACGUGCAUGAUGCGACAGUGUUUGCAACCGAUGUUGCCGGUAACGGCACAGUGUAUACACUGUAAUCUGGAUGGGUGGCGUCAGGCCCCAAUUACGGCACCGGCCCAGGCAAAACUGCAGGCCCAGCUGCAGGAAGGUCCAUCCGCGCUGAUGGAGUGUUCAGUGUGUUACGAAAUAUCGCAUCCAGACUGUGCUCAGCGUGCUGCGCCGGAAGCACAGGGAAUCGUAAAUGAUGAUCUGCCCAACAGCUGGGAAUGUCCCACGUGCUGUAAAAUGGGUAAAAAUACGGAUUACCGGCCUCGACAUUUUCGGGCUCGACAGAAAUCUUCCGAAAUACGUCGCAUGUCGGUGAGCAGUGACGCAUCAUCAGCACACAACGCUGACUUUGGUCGAAUAGCAAGCGGUGGUGAGGGAUCAAUGAAUAGUACGGGCGAUGGCAUCAUGCCUGGAUCGAACGUUUCUGCACCGAGAGCGCCACGUUUUCAGGAUGAUAUGUUGUACGAUUUUGCCGUGUCCGGCAGUGCGGUCAUAGUCGGUAGUAAAGGCGGCAACAUCCUGUUCGAGCGCAAACCCAAGAUCAAGGAUGAAGAUAUGUCUAGCGGCUCGGAAAACGAUUCGUCCGGUGUGGGGAAGAAAAUGCACCUACAUUCACUCAACUCGUCCAGCGGUGGCACGAUGGGUACAGUAAAGGUGGAGGUUAAGGAUGAACCGUUGGAUGGUUCUCACGGGUAUUCUACGAAUCAUCAUACGACAAGCGUUAUAAAAGAUGGUCGUGAGCUGCAGCGUGAGCAGCUGGCAUCAACUGGCGCCGGUGGUGGUAUUCCGGUGAAGCGAAGAAAGAGUGAAGAAGGUGGUGCCGUAAAUGUAAAUCACGGUAAUGGUAAUCACGGCCCUACGGGACAGGGUGCAUCUGAUGGGCAUGAUACGAAAAACAAUCACGGUACACUACCGAGGAAAAAAUCCUCCCAACGGAUGCAGUUGGCUCAUCAGAUCCACAGCACUUCAACAAAAGCGAUGAAAAAGCCACUGUACCCGAUCCGCCCCGCUUCGGUUACGCAUACACCGUCGAUGCCCUUGUCCGGGAAUUACGCCUUGGAUGCUACCUGUUUAUUGGCUGUGUUUCGUUAUCUUCCGCCGGAGACACUUGCGACCUGUACGAUGGUGUGUAAGACGUGGUCCAACAUAGCCGUCGAUCAAUCGCUCUGGAAGCGUAUGAACUGUGCCGAGUACAAGCUGUCCCCCAACUUGCUGUCCGCGAUCGUACGCCGGCAACCGGAACAUUUGAUAAUGGAUUGGAUAGGGCUUGGCAAACGGCAGGUCACGUGGCUAAUAUCGCGCAUUCCUGGCCUAAAGAAUCUCUCGCUGCAAGGCACACACAUACAGGCCGUGCUUGGGCUGCACACUUGCAUGUGCCCUCCGCUGCAGGUGCUUGAUUUAAGUUUUAUUGCUGGGCUCAAUGAUUUUGCGAUUCGGGAAAUACUGUCACCCCCGAAAGAUUCCCGCCCUGGUCUGGCCGAUUCUAAGUCGCGGCUGCGUAACCUCAAAAUGUUAAAGGUAGCCGGGGCCGAUAUCUCGGAUGUAGCGUUGCGCUACAUUACCCAAGGUUUGCCGAACCUGACGCACCUCGAUCUGAGCUCGUGCCAGCGGAUUACAGAUGCGGCCAUUGCACAAAUAGGCACUUCACCGGCGGCCAUCAAAACGUUGAUCGAGUUGGACCUGAGCUGCUGCAAGCUGAUAACGGAACUAUCGCUUGACCAUCUCGCCAAAUGUGACGCCCUAACGCGGCUUGAUCUCAGUCACGUGCCGCAGGUAUCGACACAAUCGAUGAUCAAGUUUGCAUCCACCUCGAAGAACGAUCUACAGCUGCACGACAUUAAGCUGGUGGACAAGCGGAAACCUCCUGCCCAACAGCAGCAACCGGUACAGGAGGCACAGUGAUAGACAUCGUUCACUUACUCGUUUCCAGACAGCAAGAGCUCUUUGGUAUCCAAGGAGACCAAUAGAUUGGUGAUAGAAAACUUUUCGAUGCUUUCCAUAGCAAGCCAAAUAGUGAGCCAUUAGUCCUUUGAUACGGGAACACCGGAAUACAUUGGGAAGGUGAAGCAAUCGAAUUCAUUUCUAAAUGAAACCAAAGAUUAUGUUUAAGUUUUUAUUCGCUCUUAACGUGAAGAUCAAGUGCAUCAAGUAUUUCAAGUGCUUGAUGAUCAAGUGCAUCAGUGUACAUACGCGUGUGGCGCAUGCCACGAUGCACCAGGUCAAUUAGUAUGCUUGUUUUAGUUUUUUAAGUACUCCUCGCUGUGGAACUUCUCAAUCAUCUGAGAAACAUUAUUGACUACAAAUCAGUUACGUGAACAAUGCAAGCGUAAUAGGGUAAUCGAAGAAAAGUUCAGGACAUUCGAGAUGUAAACGCGAUGCCACCUUGAUGUCCGUUUGUGAAUGAAUGAGAAAGGAACAAAAAAGCUGGAAAGUAGGCUUUAGAAAGGUCCGUAGUAAAUGCGUAGACUACGAAAGGAAGGAAUCUGUCUUUAGUAUUCAGGUAUACGACCGAUUUUGUGUGUACAUUAGCAAAUUUAUGGUAUGGUUUUAUUUUACCAUUCAAAACACAGACACACACACGGGCAUUGUGUGAAUAGUGGAACGUCGUGAUGAUUUUGUGUACUGCAUUUUUAGUUUAGAUGAUUAAAUUUUCCCCCUUCCAAUGAUCUGUAGUGCAAUUAUAAUGCAAUAAUGAGCAGUGCUUACAAAAUAUCGAAUACUAAAGAAUUGUGUAUAUGUGUGUGUCUUUAGAGUAUGUAUUUGUGAACUAAGCAGAAAACACAAAUAAGGAAUGGAGAUCGUAAAGUAUGAACAAAACUAAAAGAUUCAUGUAAGGUAAGGAUGGCAAUGAAAACCUCACUGGUGUUAGACUAGGUUAAACUUUGGCAGUUGGCAGUCACGAAAGCGUUUGUGUAUGAUUCCCUCCAAUUACAUUUUUCCAGCAAAAAACAGCAUGUUUUAGCAUACAAUUGUUAUGCUCUUCCUUUUGUAAACGUUCUACAACGUGACUUCAGGCGUAUCUCUGGAUUAAUUGAUUCUUUGUUAACUUUUGCUCAACAUUCAAUCGCACAAUUGUAUGUAGAUAGAAAACGUUUCUGUACGGGAAGCAUCAUCCUUAUCCAGCUAAUUUCUUUCCCAUUUCAUCCAAUGCGUAAAUUGAAUGCACGCAGUGUAGAAAUAAGCUUUCCAAGGGAUGCUUUAUGAACCCAUUUCCAUUCAUCAUCACAGUAAGCAUAGAAAGAAGUUGGAAGUACAGUGUAUUACGGAGGUAAAAACAGUUAAAGCACAAUACAAAUUGGGGUCGUAUUAAAACACCAAGGAAAAUUGUCAAACACAAAAAAAAACAAUUUUGCUCCGAAGAAUGUGUAAAAGAUUCUGUACGGUGAAAUGGUUAUUUAUGGCACAGUAAGAGAACAAAACCCAAUCCUGUACGAGCAGGAAGUUUAGUGCGGAAAACAAGCUACACUCAACAAGAGUAGUGUACUUUGACAACUUAGGUAAUUUAAAUUAAACAAGUUUAGUGAUAAAAAGAGGUAAAGCUGGAUAUUAUAGAAUAAAUCAUUCUAAAUACAAAACCCUUUGUUGCUCCACGUUAGAGACGGGUGUGCAAAAGCUGCAUCAGGACAUUUACCUAUAGUUUACAGCCAUACAAAAGUAACUGUAAGAUAUGUCAUUUGUAAAUAAAUCCUUGCAAAACUAGUGGAGCAAAUGUAA